GCGUGUGUUUCUGAAUGACGAUGGCCGCGUGAUGACGUUCGCACUCGCCCAGAAUUCGAUUGCCUGCCCCACUGCUACGGACGGAUCUUGAGAGUUGAAGGGUUGAGAGGCCAGUUUGCUCCUGCAACCACUUGCCUGCAUCUCUGCCUCCAAACCAUCCACAAACACCGCCGACGUCCUGCCUGCGUCGUCGACUACCACAUCACCAGCAGACACUAUCAGCGUCUAUCACUGCGACACCGCUCCGCGCCCCGCCGAUUACCGCCGUCAGCUUCAGCUGAACAGACACCAUGGCGCCUCCAGCCACGUCCGCGAACGAGCCUCUGCAAGAGCGCUUGUUGAAGCUUGCUCAGACGCUCCAAUUCGCAUGGUUCGUCGGCCACGUCACCCUCCUGUUGACCACGCUCCGAUACUCGUUGAGCUAUAUCUUCUUCAACUACUACAGCCGCUGGGCGCAGUUCAGCUACCGCACUGCCUUCAUUGCCGCUGCCGCGACAUACGGUAUUGUUGUAUUCAAGGGCUACCGCGCCCGCGCAAAGGCUGGCAAGCAGCCAAGCAGCCCAUUGGCUCUGGCUGGCGAUGAAAAUGUGCAAUACCUUGCUAUGGCCUUGAUCUGGCUCUUCUCCAGGCAAUACCCGCUCGCACUUCUCCCAUACGCCGUGUACAGCGUCUUCCACGUCCUUACCUACACUCGCGGAAUUCUUCUUCCAGUCUUGCAGCCACAGCCAGCUGCUGCCGCAGGCCAGAAGCCAGCUGGUGGCCUCGCAGACACCAUUGGCGGGUUUGUUAAGAACUACUACGACGCCAGCAUGUCCAUUGUGGCCGCUCUUGAGCUUGCUCUUUGGUUCCGCAUUUUCGGCUCCGCUCUCAUCUUUGUCAAGGGAAGCUGGAUCAUCCUCCUCGCAUACACCAUCUUCCUCCGCGCACGCAUCAGCCAAAGCACCUUCGUCCAAGGCAUGAUCAGACAGCUUGGUGCUCGUGGUGACGCUCUUACUCAGCGCCAGGAUGUUCCACCUGCCGCUCGCCAGGCCUGGGAGACCGCCAAGAAUGUGCUCAAGACCAUUCACGACCAGACUGACGUGUCUGGGUACAUUCAGGGUGGUGCCCAGCCAGCUAAGAAGGCUCAGUAGAUGCAACGGACAAGUGGUAUCACGAGCAAUCACGAGUCACGCCGAAACGGCCGAAACACACAACGAUGGCGUCAAACUUGAGGUGGAGAUAAGCAUGAAAAGAAGAUGUCGAGAGCAGAGACACUAAAGCGGAGGCCGAAGCGCAAUGGAGGCGCUCAGAAUGAGACGGUGGAUGCGAGAUAGUGAGGAUUACGGUUGUCACAACAGUAUGCUUCUGCAACUGGCUGCAGGGCACUGAGAGAAGCAUUCUUGGCUUGUGCUAUUGUGUAGCAGUUCAGCGAUAGACGCCAGACAUGAUCUGAUAUGGUUCUUUGCAUAACUUACAUUCUUCACCGCAUCUAUUCAAGCAUUACAAUGAGCUUUCCCGGCA